UUGGAGGUUAUUACAGGGGCUAAAUUGCAAUAUUCGUCGUCUAUAAUAUCCCCACCAGCGCAAAGGCCUCCCCACGAGCCAGAAAAAAAAAAUCUCGCUCUCCUUCGCAUCGCGUGAAGAGCAGGGAAACCGAGAGUCGCCAGAGGGUUUUCGCUCGAAGCGGAGCAGAGGAGAUGGCGGGUAAGGGAGGCAAGGGGUUGCUAGCCGCGAAGACGACGGCGGCGAAGACGGCCGAGAAGGACAAGGGGAAGAAGGCCCCCGUCUCCCGCUCGUCCCGCGCCGGCCUGCAGUUUCCUGUCGGCCGUAUCCAUCGCCAGUUGAAGCAAAGGACUCAGGCAAAUGGCCGUGUUGGUGCAACUGCAGCGGUCUACUCAGCUGCUAUUCUGGAGUACCUGACUGCCGAGGUUCUGGAACUGGCUGGGAACGCUAGCAAGGAUCUGAAGGUGAAGCGUAUCACCCCCCGCCACCUUCAGCUGGCCAUCCGUGGAGAUGAAGAGCUCGAUACCCUCAUCAAGGGUACCAUCGCUGGUGGAGGUGUGAUCCCGCACAUCCACAAGUCUCUGAUCAACAAGUCUUCCAAAGAGUGAAAAACUAGCAAAGGAGUGAUAAGUAAUAUUCAUAUCGUUUAGUUUUUAGCCAUGCUUGCAGCAGAUCGAAGUAAUCCGCCCGUGUAAUGCUUCCCUGGUACUGCUUCAGUCAUUUGGACAUCGUAUUUGUGUUCGUUUGUUGACUUCGUGAUAGACCCUGAUGCAAACAUUUUCAUGGUGAUAGAACCUGAUGCAAACAUUUAUACUUCUGAGUAUUUGUGAAC